CAAUUUGAAUUUUAACGGCCGCCGCACGAAUGCGCAACAACCGGCUGAAGUGUUGGAUAACGCUACAAAGCGGCACAUGUCAAUUGAUUUCAUUUUUUGGCUCGGCGUCUUGGCGUCUUCGUUUCUUUUUCUUUGUAAUAAUUUGCCUGCGGGUUAAAGACUCUCGUUUGAUUUAUAGUAAUUGUCGUGUACGGAAAACAACAGAGCCGGGCCAAAUGGAUGAUAAUACGGAGAAUGACGAUGGAAAACGCGUGACGCGGGCACGCACUCGCCGCCUGUCCGUGCUGGAUACGGACAGUCGUCCGAGUACUCCUCAGUUGUUGGAAACCGCGGCGGAACGAGGAACCGCCUCGCCACGUGCCACACGCCGCACUCGCUUGAACUCGUCCACUGUGGAUGUGAGGACUCCGACGCGCACCAGACGCGCCUCCUUGGCACGCGGCGAGACUCCCGAGCCGACCACGCCCUCUUCCGUGAAGAGGACCGCUCGCACGCCGGCCAAAAACACCAGAUCCGUACGCCAACAGCUCACGCUCACGGAGGAGCCCGAGGAGGUGGAGAUUAAGCAGGAGAAGCCCAUCCGCAGUCCUAGUCCAGUGCGCAGCAAGGCCGGCGCCAGGCAGGAGCGGAAGCCAAGUGCCAGUCCCGUGCCCAAGGAGGCCAGGCGCACAGCCACGCCCACACAGAGUGACGAGAAACGGGUGACGCGCUCCAUGUCGCAAACGCCUCCAAUUGUGGCACGUUCGCCCAUCCACGCACCGCGUAAUGUGAACUCUUCUCCGGAGGACGAGUCAAAGGCACAGACCGUGGAGCCAGCGAAGGAGAAGGUCGUAAAUAAAAAUACCUCCAAGGUGGCCGUCAGACUGGAGAAAAUGUCGUUAAGCAAAGCCACCGGGAAAACGGUGGAGGUGGCUAAACAAUUGAUUCUACCGGACGAAGCCAAGGAGAAGAUACCAUCCCAGGAAUCAGCUGAGGAAGCAAAGAAACCUGAAACACCGCCCUUUUCUGGGGCGCCCAAAAAAACUGAACUUAGUCAGGAUUCCUCGGAGCCUGCCAAGGAUAUCGGUAAACUCCCGUUCUUAAAGACAUUUAACACACUUGCACAAAUUAAGGCUUCAAGCACAUCUUUAAGAACUGAAGACAACCAGGAGGACCCUAAAAUCGACAAGAAAAUCAAAACUCCGCAGAAAGUGCCAUCAGUUGGGGACCCCCAAAUUGAAAAGAAAAUCGAAACUUCGCAAAAGAUUCCACAUGCUGAGGCAGUAGAAAAGAAACUUGAAACUCCGCAGAAGACUCCAACAGUUAAGGCAGCUUCUAAAGAUGAAAAAAAAAUCGAAACUGCGCAGAAGAUUCAACCUGUUGAGAUAGUCGUUAAAAUAGAAAAGAAAUCGGAAACUCCGCAGAAGCUUCAAACAGUUGAGGAAGCUCCUAAAGUUGAAAAGAAAUUCGAAACUCCACAAAAGAUUCAAACAAUUAAAGCAGAACCUUCCCAGACGGUUCCUCCUGUUGACGCUCAACCUGUCGAGAUGCCAAAAACUCCAGAAAAAGAUGAAUCAAUGGAGGAGCAAGAGUUCUUGGAUGCAGAAGAUUCGAUUUUCGAGGCUGAGCCGCAGCACGAUGAACCAAUGCUGGAAAAAGAUCUAGCUGGGAUUAUAAAUCUAGACACCGAUGAGCCCGUAUUUUCUCCACAAGCCUCGAGUGCAGAGGAAGAGCCAGAAGCCAGCGCAGAAACUUCCCGAGAUAAAACUAUGGAAGAAGAAAAUAUGUUUAAAGCCAAGAUAACCGAGAUUAUUGAUUUACCGGGUCUAACGCCUGGCAUCAAAUCUCGUCUGGUUGGUGCCCCUCCACAGGAGCUAAAGAGAUCGGUGGGCUUCAACAACGGUACUGAUGACUUAGAGGUCGAGAAGACACGUUUUCCAAAGACUCCCGGUCGCGAGAAGGUGCCAGUUGGCCGCACUUUCACUCCAAAGGCGGAGACACCCAUAAAAUUAGCCCUGCAAAAGGGGCGGAAUAGUUCCACGCCCAUAUUAAAGGAUCAACAACUAGAGUUGUCCAUCAGCAAGGUGGAAAUGCAGCCAGCGCCUGCCCAAAUUGAUGCCAUUAAGGCUUUCGAUGAGCUGGAUUCAAAGAAUGCAAGGGAUGAGAUAGUCGGGCAGGCCGACAUGUCGCCUCUUAAGGCUGAGAACAAAAUACUUUCUUGCCUCGAAAGCUCCGACGAAGUGGAUGAUAGAGAUGACGAGGAGGAGCACGACGAAGAUGAACCCAUGUGCGAAUUUGGGGACCUAGAGGCUGAAGUAGCUGGAGAAGAUUACAUGUCUGGCGACUCAAUGGAUAGUUCGAUGCGUCGGGAGAUGGAGGAGAAUGAAAUUCCAAGUGGUGGCGAGUCCGUUGGAAGUAAGGACACUGAGGAAUCUACGCCAGAAGAAUCUGAAGGCGAUGACUCCUUUAUUGUCUCGGACAACGAGGUCGAAGAGGAAGUGGGACAACUUUGCUACUCCUCCGACGAGGAGGAGGAAGACGAAGAAGUUCUUUAUGAAAAAAUCGAGAAGAAGCGUCGCCGCAUUGCCGUAGCAAGUUCCAGCGACGAAGAGGAGCACCAAGAUCAGAACAAGGAGAUGAACAAGAGCAAAUCGGAGAUGCCCAAGAACCAGAGCAACUGCUCCUCCAACGCCAGCAAACUGAGCGAGGCUGCCCAACUGAUGAAUGCCAGCGCGGAGAAGUCCUCGAUUUCGGAAGCUGAGCUGGAGAGAUCCCGCCAAGUCGCUCUUAACGAAUUGAACAAGUCUGAGAGGUUCAACAAGACCGAAACUCGUCUGGACUUCAGCGUCAUGGAGGUGGAUUCCUCGGACCACGAGGAAGAGGUGGAGGUGGAGACGCAGAAGGCUAGCGCCAAGAGCAACAAAAGUGUCUAUGAGAUCGUGGAUUCGGAUGAAGUGGAGGAACUCGAGGAAGCUGAUAAAAAAAAUGAGUCGCAUGCAGAUGAGGAAGCUAAAAAGGAGGAGUCUACUCCUGCCAAAACCACAUUCCAAAAGCCCUUGAAAUCUGCGGAUGAAGAAGCUCUGCUAGCCGAGCUGGCCUCUAGUGAUCUCCGCCACUUGGAAACAAUGUUCAAUCCGCUCCAGAAAUCCCGUCGCCAGUCAUUGUACGUGGCUAGUCCCGAGUUGGCAGCCAAGGAGCCGAAACUGAGACGCCGUAGUGAUCGUGCCCAUGUUGGCAGUGACUUUUGCCCCUCGCAAUCCUUUGUUGAAAUGGUAGCAGAGAAAAAAAGGCAGAAGAAUAAGCGCAAACGCCUGUCGAAGAGCUUAUCGGGCACUGCCGAUCUGGAGGAAUUGGAGAUCCAGCACGAACGCAAGCGCUUAAAAAGUUCACAUGGUGAUUCCACCGAGUCCUUGGAGGCAGAUCCCGAAGCGGAGGUUGCCGCUGAGGAUGAUGCCACUGAGGGGGAGAGCUCGGAAGUAGAUGUUCCCAAUAAAGACGCUACUAAAUCUUCACUUCGAAAUACUACUGUACAUGGAUCCCCCGAAAAAGAAGACGUUCCUGACCAGACUCCCGAAACAGCAGUCGCCCCAGAGGAAUCUUCUCUGGAGGAACCAAAACCUUCUCAAGCGCCGCAUCCACCCGAGGAUUGUCCAAAGUCAGUUGAAACUACUAAGCCUACGGAGAAGGGGCCGCCCAAAAUGGAAAAGGAUGCCGAGUAUUACUUGUCAUAUUGUCGAAACCUUCUCGAGGCAGCCAACGAGGCUAAGUUAAAGGAGAAAAAACAGCAACUUGCCAUGGGAGCGAAGCAAAAGAAACCAAAGCGACUGGGUUCGCAAGCGGCUCCCAAACCCUUAGCCACCAAUAGCUCUGACACAGAAGCACCGAUCGCGAAGCCGUCCAAGCAGCUACCACCGCUCAAAAAGGAUAUAAAGCGCCUUCAGGCCGCACGGCAGGCUGUGAGUCAUGCUGUUAAUCUACUUGCGCCUCCAAAAGCCACGGACGGAGAGCCUCGCACUCUCUCGCGUAAAUUGUCGCCACAGCCGCCGUUGACGGACAAUAAAAAGGCCAAGCAAAAGAAACAAAAGAAAAAGGAAAAGGCACAGGAAAAAUCGCCGAUAAAAAGUUCUGAUGAGGAGAACCACGGCCAUCAAGUGAACCGUAUACGGACGAAUGCUGGCUAUGUCACGGUGGUCAACGAGCCGCUUCAGAAAAUACCCAAAAUAGAGCUAAUUAAAACCAGUUCGGGUAUGGUGCGCGUUGAGCCGUGCACUCCCAAGCAGAAAUAUUUCCGCGAGCUGCCAGCCACACCAAAAAUGCAUGGGUUCCGCGAGGAACCAGGACCAUCAGGCAUAGCAAAGAAGCGAUCCAAACAUCAGGCAUUGAAGGCCGAAGACGCUGGCAAACACAAUCCCGCCAAACAGUCGGCGCUGCGCUUCAAGGAGCAAAUUUUUGCCCGAAAGUCUUAGAAUAUUUACACUUAAAGGAAAACUAGUAUUAACGGUGGGAAAUGUCAAGUGUUCACAAUGCAUAAUUUCAUUUUUGUUUAUUUACUUUAUCUUUUCUCAAAUUGAAUUUGAUUACUCUAUUAUUUGUUCUUUUAAAUAUUUGUUAUGAGAUUUUCCACACCUUGUCAUAAAUGAAACUUUUAUUCCAGUGCACAUCACUAAAUCACAUUGAUCAUUGAUCAUUUAUAACAGAAAUAAAUUAAUGUUUGUUGAAUCUUAAACAAAUAGUUGCCGGACUUAUUAAACAAUAAUAAAUACGCAGCCGCUGUUGUUUCCAGACCGUGGAUCCAACAAUUUCCAUAUAGGGCUAACAUUUUUUUUUAAAUACAUAUUACCGUGUAUGCAAAUUGCAUUAAGCAUCUUUUGUUUUCCAGGUUUAAAGAAUAUAAUAAUAUAGACUUUUGGAGAUUUAAAUUUGUUUAAUUUAAAAAUCUGUGAGAAUGCAUGAAGCACAAAAUAAACUGUAAUUAAAAAAACAAAUUUCGAAAUUUAAUAAUUCAAGUAAAGACUUGGAGUGAAGAGGAUUUCCAUUCGCACUUUUUUGCUAUUAAAACUAUCACGAUCAGUUCAAAAUACUGCAAAGUGGAGCCUUUAUAUUGACAUUUGGUUUAAAAGUAAAUAAAACACAAUUGUAAACAGUUUUUGAAUUUGUAGCUUGUUUACUAAACUAAAAAUAAAGCAUACUAACGGGAUCGCAAAACU